AUGUCAGCAGUGUCCGAAGCGGUGCACGCUUUAACGCCGAGGGCGAAACCUUCACCACAUGCGAAGCGAUGGUGGACAGAUGACCUCACUCAGCUCCGUCAUAUAUACACGUACUGGAGAAACCGUGCUCGCUCCGAGCGACGGGCGGGUCGGAAAGUGCCUCGGCUUGAAAAAACGGCUCAAGAUGCGGCCAAACAAUACCACGAUGCCAUCCGCAAACAAAAGAAGAAGCACUGGAAUGAGUUUCUCGCAGACAAUGACAACAUCUGGAAGGCCGCCAAGUACCUCAAGUCGGGAGACGAUGCAGCGUUCGGGAAGAUCCCGCAGCUCUUAAGAGCGGAUGGAACUACUACCAACGAUCACAAGGAGCAAGCGGAGGAAUUGCUAUCCAAAUUCUUCCCACCUUUACCAGGGGACAUCGAUGAGGAGGGAAUGAGACCACAAAGAGCGGCCGUGGACAUGCCAGCCAUCACUAUGGAAGAGAUAGAACGACAGUUAUUUGCAGCGAAAUCGUGGAAGGCUCCGGGAGAAGACGGCCUACCGGCGAUCGUUUGGAAGAUGACCUGGCCCACAGCCAAGCACAGGGUCCUCGAUCUUUUUCAAGCCUCGCUGCAAGAGGGCUCACUGCCAAGACAGUGGAGACACGCGAAGAUUAUACCGCUCAAGAAACCGAACAAAGAUGACUACACCAUGGCAAAGGCAUGGAGGCCUAUCUCACUCCUUGCGACACUCGGAAAGAUACUCGAGUCGGUGGUCGCAGAGAGGAUCUCGCACGCGGUGGAGACUCACGGACUGCUCCCGACGAGCCAUUUUGGAGCGCGAAAGCAGCGGUCCGCAGAGCAAGCACUGGUGUUCCUGCAGGAGCAAAUCUAUGCGGCAUGGCGCGGCCGGCGGGUGCUGAGCCUGAUCAGCUUCGAUGUUAAAGGAGCCUACAACGGAGUAUGCAAAGAACGACUGAUCCAGAGGAUGAAAGCCCGAGGCAUACCGGAGAUCUUGCUUCGUUGGGUAGAGGCCUUCUGCUCGGAACGAACGGCGAACAUCCUGAUUAACGGGCAACUAUCUGAGACUCAAAGCUUGCCACAAGCUGGACUGCCGCAGGGCUCGCCCUUGUCUCCGAUUCUAUUUCUCUUCUUCAACGCAGACCUUGUGCAAAGGCAGAUCGACAGCCAGGGAGGAGCAGUCGCCUUUGUGGAUGAUUUUACCGCAUGGGUGACUGGACCGACUGCGCAGAGCAACCGGGAGGGAAUUGAAAACAUUGUCAACGAGGCGCUCAAUUGGGGAAAGAGAAGCGGAGCGACAUUCGAGGCCGACAAGACGGCCAUCAUACACUUUGCUCCCAAGAUGCGCAAAUCGGACCAUUCACCAUUCACCAUCAAGGGGCAGACAGUGGUACCAAAAGACCACGUCAAGAUCCUGGGUGUCGUGAUGGACACAAGACUCAAGUAUAAAAAACAUAUUGCGAGGGCAGCGUCUAAGGGUCUUGAAGCAGCGAUGGAGCUUCGGCGACUCCGUGGUCUAUCCACGGCAACUGCGCGGCAGCUAUUCACGUCGACAGUGGCACCAGUUGUGGACUAUGCCUCCAACGUGUGGAUGCACUCGUGCAAGGAUAAAGCCAUGGGGCCGAUCAACCGAGUCCAAAGAGUAGGAGCGCAAGCCAUUGUGGGGACAUUUCUCACGGUCGCGACUAGUGUCGCAGAGGCGGAGGCUUACAUAGCUACUGCGCAGCGUCGAUUUUGGAAACGAGCCGUGAAGAUGUGGACAGACAUCCACACUUUGCCGGAUACCAAUCCUCUCCGCCGGUGCACCGAUCAGAUCAGAAAGUUCAGAAGAUACCACCGCUCACCGUUAUAUCACGUAGCCGAUGCGCUUAAGCAGAUCGACAUGGAGACUUUGGAAACGAUUAACCCCUUCACGCUAGCCCCGUGGGCGGAACGCGUUCAGACUGACAUUGAUGGACAGCACGAGUCCCCGGCCGAAGCAGGCGGGUACGUGCAGGCCGCGGUUAGCAGCUCGGCACGGAACGAACUGGUGGGGUUUGGAGUGGCCAUCGAGAAGCGGCCACCUCGAAUUCGAAAGCUCAAGCAUAAAGCGCUGUCCAUCACCUUGGCUGCAAGAGCGGAGCAGAAUCCAUUCUCUGCAGAACUGGCAGCCAUGGCACACGUAUUGGGCACGCUGGCGGGACUGAAAGACCACACGAUCACACUGCUCACAAGCAACAAAGCGGCGGUUCUCAUGCUGAGGAAUCCCCGACAACAAUCCGGCCAGGAGUUCGUGUGUCGGAUAUACAAGUCGAUUAAGAAGUUGCAAAGAAACGGGAAUCGUGUCAAAUUCCGCUGGAUUUCCACCAGUGAAGACAAUAAGCUGCUAGGUCUGGCUAAAGCACAGGCGCGAGCCGCAACGCAACAAGAUGCCCCCUUACAAAAACGCGCCCCGAGAAUGAAAUCAACCACACUUAAUCUCGCACGGUCUCAGGCAGUCCCUGGACAUAGCCUGCCAAUGAACGUUGGGAAACACGCCAAACGAAUAGAUGCAGCACUUCCAGGAAAACACACACGACUGCUGUAUGAUCGCUUAUCGUGGAAAGAAGCGACUGUGCUAGCCCAACUCCGGACUGGCAUGGCUAGACUCAAUGGGUAUCUCAAUCAAAUCAAUGUAGCAGAAACGGACCAAUGCGAUUGCGGACAAGCGAGAGAGACCGUGGAGCACUUCCUCUUCCGAUGUCGGAAGUGGACUGCCCACCGGACGGAAAUGUUACAAUGCACCCAGAUUCACCGCGGAAAUAUUUCCUUCUUCCUAGGAGGGAGACAGCCUUCUGAUGAUCAGAAGUGGACGCCAAACCUAGAGGCAGUACGGGCCUCUAUACGUUUCGCCAUUGCGACAGGCCGACUCGAGGCCACUUAA